CUGAAUAAUCAUUCAGAAUGUUUUCAGUCAGAAAAAGACGAAUUUUCAUCCUAUAGCGAACGAGUUCGAAUAAAUGUUGGUGGAACCAUUUUUGAAACAUCUCUUUGUACCCUAACAAGAGUGAAUGAUACUCUGCUUUCUGCUAUGGUUGGUCGUUGGAGAAAUUCGGGAGAAUUGUUCAUUGAUAGGGAUCCAACGUAUUUCGCAAAGAUAUUGAAUUAUCUAAGAGAUAGCGAAAGUUUUUAUCCACCUGAAGACGAUGAAGCUCGAGAAUGUUUACGAAGGGAAGCUAAGUUCUACAAUAUACCUGGUCUUGUCACGAUGUGCUUACCCGAUGUAAUCGGCUAUGGCGAUUCGGUGCAAUGGAAAAUAAGCGCUAUUGAUACGUACUGGAAGUCUUUUGUGAGAUUCCAAUAUUAUAGCAAAAGGCAGGCAAAAUGCAUGGCAUGUGGAUCUAACGUUUACGGAUAUGUGGGACCAACAACAGAAGCAAAUGGUAUGGUAAUGGUGGAUGGAAAAGUGAUGAAUAAAGUGCUUUUGAUAAAUUAUGCGGAAUGGUUACCUCUGAAACAUCAUAUGAAAGUCAUCAAAGGAUAUGUGCUUCAGCUCAACAGCACCUGCUGCCGUGUAAAAUGGGGCCGCGAUCUCGAAACGCAUCUUCCGAAAUCUGCCCUGCGUUUGGCAAAGUCAAGAUAA